AAAGUGUAAGGAUAUAAUCAAGAUUGGAAAGAUAAAACCAGAAAGAACCUAGAACACGUGGGCGAGGAUUGCCAGGAAAUCCAUUAUAAAAUUCAGCUGACAUAAAAAUACAGAAAAAUUCCUGCUACAUCGAAAUCAUGGGCGAGUUUGAAAUAAGCGAGAUAUCGUCAAUAGAAAAACUGAUGGAUUCGGAAUCAUAUGAAAUGUGGAAUUUUCAAAUAGCGGUGUUUUUCAAAGCAAGCGGACUUUAUGACAUAGUAACCGAUACCGAAAAAUAUGAAACACAAACUAGUGAAAAAGAUAAAAAGACCUGGAUACAGCAAGAUGCAAGGGCUCAAAAAAUAAUCAUCUCCACAGUUGAUAAGAAAGCACUUGUACACAUAAUGAACUGCAAUACAUCAGCCGAAAUGUACAACCAGUUGAAAGGAACCUACAAGAGGGAAAAUGAAGAUCAAAAAUGUAGAUUAUUACAAGAUUUUUUUAGUUUUCAGUAUGAUAAAGGUAAUGACAUGGCAACACAUGUGAGUAAAUUACAGAAUUUAGCAUUCAGACUGAAAUCCUUGAAGCAAGAGGUGAGUGAUGAGAUGUUAAUAUCAAAAAUUCUGAGUACUCUUCCAGAAAAAUACAGAUUCUUCAAGACUGCUUGGGAAUCUACGUCAAAUGCAGAGAAAACUCUUACGAAUCUGGUUUUAAGACUUUUGUCAGAAGAAAACGCAAAUAAUACAGAAAAAGAACUGUCACCUGUAGCUUUUCAAUGUGCAAACACUAAGAAGACUUGUUUUAUAUGCAAAAAGAAAGUGGUAACCAUGGUGAGACAAGCAGAAAUAUGUUCGUCAUAGACUCGGGAAGUACUGCUCAUAUGGUAAA